GGAAUAAAUACACACAAAAAUGGAAGAGUACACCAGAGAGCCAUGCCCAUAUCGUAUCGGAGAUGAUAUUGGAUCGGCGUUUGCGAUGGGUCUCGUUGGAGGAUCCAUUUUCCAAGCUUUUGGAGGAUAUAAAAAUGCGGCGAAAGGAAAGAAAUUGGUUGGGAUGAUGCGAGAAGUACGAAUGAGAAGCACAUUAACAGGAGUUCAGUUUGCCGCUUGGGGAGGAAUGUUCAGUACAAUCGAUUGUUGUCUUGUCGCCAUCCGCAAGAAGGAAGACCCCAUCAACUCUAUUGUUUCUGGAGGAUUGACUGGAGCUCUUUUGGCGAUCCGUUCAGGACCAAAGGUGAUGGCAGGAAGUGCGAUUCUUGGCUCUGUAAUUCUGGCUAUGAUCGAAGGAGUCGGAUUGGUGACCACCCGCUGGAUGGGAGCAAUGAUGGAUCCAACACAGCCGCCGCCAGAAGCUCUCGACGAUCCACGCAGUCUGGGACAAAAGAGUCAAGCAGAACCAGGACUCGACCAAACGAGACCCUUCGGAAUUCCAACUGGAUUACCAAAUCUGUCCUAAAUCUUUUUUCACUCAUAUCCGUUUUUCUUUAUGCUUUUGUCUCUUAUCUCAAUUUUCCCCCCUCCAACUUCGGUGAUCGGCCGAUUCCUCUACAUUUUUUAGGAGCUCCAAUUUUAUUAGUUACAUAUUACAUUAGUGUUGUUUGUUUUGUUGAUGAUGUUCAUUGCGAUCACGAAUCUUAUUUAGAUUCGCGCUUUCCUUCCAAAAAUCAAGUUUCAGAUCCGUAUGGGUGCACGGCAUCUCCAUCUCUCCCCUGUUUUUUCGAAUUUCUUUCCCCUUUAAUUUCUUUUUAAUAAUCUUCACUGUUCCCUAUUUCUUUUUCCGAUGAAGACGUUGUUUAU